CGCCCACGCCGGAGCGACCACGCACUGCGAGCGGUCCCGGCGCUGGAGAGGCCGCGGGGAGUCGGGAGUGGGCUGCAGCCGCCAUGGUCUCCGUCGGGACCAACACGGACCUCAAAGGGCUUGUUCACUGCCAUUUGCCAAAGUUAUCACACAAACAUGGGAUGAUUCCAACGCAUUACGUGAUGCCCUGGAAAGAAGACAUGAAGAACAGGAAAUUCACUUUAAAGCAUGCAGAGGUUGUUGGGGUAUAUACUGGUGCCACAGAAGAUAGUCUGUUUUUGGAGCACAGAGAAAGACUUUGCCAUGGAGAAGAAAGAAAACACAUACGGGAGAAAAUUCCUCAGGAAAUAAUGAUUGCAGAUAUUCCCAUAUAUUCUCAUCUCUCCAGAUACCAGAAGUCUGUGAUUGCUCAUGCAUGGAGGAUGAAAUUCUGACCUGCUUUUUCCCUCAAUACAGUCAUGUUUGAACUGUAUAGGCUAUGAAGUUUAAAUCUGCUGCAAGAAAAAAACUGCGUGGUGCUUUUUUUCUCUCUUUAAAAUAGAAUUAACAUGUUUUUAAAGCUGAUUAGAUGUUCUAUUUGAAAUGAAAAAUAAGUUCUGUCUGCAAUUUGACCUGCAUAUUUUUGAUUAGGGAAGGGAGAAUCUCAAAAGUUUCAGACUUCCCAGUUCGAUUUAGAUAAGGCGCAUACAGACAUUUGGAUGCUUAUCUGAAGUUUAUACAAACCUUUAGACUCUACUCAGCUUUCCACCACCAUCUCCAAGAGACUGGUAUCAAUCCCAUUCUUUAUCCUCUAUUGUUUUCUUGGAGAGAGUCCCACUAGCUGUCUACCAGCCCUCCUUACAUCUUCUAAGGGUGACUAGCUAGCUUCCUCUCCUGGCUCUUCAGGGGGCAGCUGGCUGGUUCACUUCCCUCUUCCUUUUGUUUAGGUGAUAGUUGCAUUCCUCCCCCUAUCUCCAAAUGCUAGGCAGGUAGCAACAUCAGGAUCUGGAAAUUGUCCAACUGAUACUGUUGCAGCUGUUGCACUUGACUCAGCUCUAGGUCUGAAUUGCUUCCAAGUAUAUUAUAGUAAAAAGAAAUUCCCAUUAUUGGCUGAUGGAGGAAUUAUGGGUUUACAAAGCCACUGAAAUCAUGGGGAAGUAAAGGAGACAAAAUUUGGAGAAAUACUAAAGGGUCAUCAGUUAAAAAGGUGCUGAAAGGCUGAACAAAUAUAAAUAGAAAUAAAUAAAAUACAUAAAUGAGAACAGUUGGUUCCAGUCAUACAGGAGCUCUCUGUAUGGAAUCAAUUCCACUUGUCAAUCAAGAACAGAUGCCAUUAAAAUGAUUUAAUUGAAUUUUGCAUUAUAAUGGCUCUUUAGUCAUAAUUGCUUAUUCUAAAAAUGCCACAGGUUCAAACUUCAGAGAGUGAGAAAUGGGGAAGAAAGAAAAUGAAAAACCUUUUAAAUUUAAAAGCUGCUAUGUAUUUAUAAAUGUUCUGGGAUAAAAAACAUACUUUUGCAUAACCAGUUUUGUUUAUAUUUCACAUCUGC